AUAAAAUCAGAUUUUUUGUUUUUCAUUGUUAUUCUUGUGGGGAAAAUCUGCAUGACAAGUAAAAAAAAUGUUGUAGCUAGCUAAAACAACAACAAUAUAUAUAUGUGCAAGUAGACUUUUGUUGUGUCUAUAACAUGAUGAAAACACAAAGUGAGUUUCUUUAAAAAAAAAAUUGAUGGAUAUUUUUAACUGAAAGGAAAAGUUCUAACCCCUUGAAUAAAAGCACAAGAUGAGUGAAACAGACCAAGCCCUUGAUCCAAUACCUGUAACUAAGGAUAUACCAGUUGUUAAUGGCAAUGCUGACAUUGAGCCUCUUGAUUCUGACUUAACAAAUGGAGUGAGUAAGCCAGUUAUGGAGAUGUCAAACGGAGUAGAAAAUAAUGGAUUAAAUGGUGAUCACGUUGAGGAGGAUAUUAGUGAAGUGCCAGUUAAUGGUGAUUGUGAGAAUGAACCUGAUAUAAACUGUGCUGAUGACGGUGAUGUGGAUUUAAUGGGUGGGGAUGAUCUUCCCCCACCCCCUGAAGAAGUACCCGAAAUAGUUCCUGAACUACCACCCCCUCCUCCAAUGGCUGAUCCACAAGAAGAGGGAAUUGAUUCUAGUGUUGACCAAAAUUUGGAAUCUAGCGUUGACCCUGUAGUGGAUACCAAUGCAAAUCCCGCAUUUGAGUCUAGUGUUGACCCAGAAGAAGUUGAUGACCAGUGUAUGGAUAAUAAUGAUGAACUAAUGAAUGUAAGUGAUAAUGAAGAUGCUAUUGAGGAUAAAGAAAGUGUUGACAAUAUUCUUGAGCUGCCCCCAAGGAUUGUCGAAGAUUUUUCUGAAGAGGAACUUGUGUCUGAUGGUGGUUUGGAAGAAGAGUCAUAUGUCAAUGUGGUAAAUACACAAAAGCAGACUGGUGAAGAAGAUCUUCAGAGUGACGGUCAGUUGAUAGAAUUUGGAGAAGCUGCACCACCAGUGCCACUAACAGUGGAAAGGACUGUUCCAGAACAAAAAGAACCUGAAGUAGAACCUGCUGAACCAGUUGAAUCUGUAUCUGAACCUGAAACAAUUAUUCCACAGAUUUCACUGCCAGAUGAGCAAGAGGAAACAGCUGUUGAAGAAGAUGUACAAACAAAUGAGAUAUCAGAACAAAAUGAAAUGUCGGUAGAACCAAAACCUGAAGUUCCUGUACAACCAAAGCAAGUAAAAGAGGAAGAGGUACCAUCUCAGGUAGAAGAGACUGUACCAGUUGAAGAUGUUCCAGAACCUGAGCCUGAACAAACACAGCCACAAAUGGGAUUCUCUGAACCCGCCAUUGUUGUUGAUAACAAACCUGCUGAAGAAGAGGUGGAGGAAACUCCACCACCUCCACCACCACCUCUUGUAGACGAGACCCCCGCUCCUCCACCACCUUUGGAUGAAAGCAUUCCUUUAAGGCGGGUCAGUGGUGGGUCUUCCCCUAGCAAGGAUUCUAGUCAAUCCCUUGAGUCACCAACACCCAUGAAUCAAAAUGUAGCCGUUGUUCUUCCACAACCAGAAGCCCAGAAGCAAGAACAAGAAGCAGAACCACUACCGAAACCACUGGCUCCUGUGAACCAGGAGCCACAACAAGUUCAGCAAGAGAUUGUACCUCCACCAUCUCAACCAGUUGCUGUUGUUGCUCCACAAGUACAUAUGGAACCUGAAGAGGAUGUAAGCCCUCCUGCUAGUCCACCUGGUAGUCCUUCUACAACGUCUGUUGGAGAAAUAGCUGAGGGGGAACAGAUAUCUAGUCCUCAGGUCUCGCAGAAAAUUAAUAAGAAAAAUUUUAAGAAUAAGAUUAAGUUUGGUACAGAUCUGAUCGAAGGAUCUAUUAAGCAGUUGCAUUUCUUGAAAACGGUGAAUAAUAACCCUGGAUUAUAUGAAGAGUGGCUUUUUAAGAAAGCGAUACGGAGGUAUGAAGCAUUUUGGCUUCCACUUGCUGCUGAGCAUAAGAAAGAAUGUUUAACCGCCCCUUGGGAUAUAGAGUGGGUAUGGCAUUGUCAUAUGCUAGCCCCUGUGGCUUAUGAGGCAGAUAGCAGAGCACAAGUUGGAUUAUUAGUUGACCAUAAAUUAUUGAGUGAAAAGGAUAGAACUAAAGCCUUAGAGAAGUCUAGGAAAUAUUGGCAUGCAAAAUAUCCGAAAGAGCCUUUCGAGAUUGACCUUGUGUAUAAGGAAAAAGUUGUUGAAGAGCAAAAAGCGGAUGAGAAAACAGCGGAAGCAACCAAUGCAAAUGUUGAGACUGAAAAGGGAGAAAAUGCUGAAGGUGAAAACAAAGAAACUGAAAAUGUCGUGGCAGCCCCUGCCCCAGAGGCUUCAGGAGUUACCCCCACAGAGCAGCCUGCUGAACCAACAGCUGAGAAGACAGAUGGAGACAAGCCAAAUACAGAAGCCCCAGCAGAGCCCACCCCAGCCCCGGAGCCCACACCAGAGCCAGCUGAGCAGGAGAUACCUGAGGAAGACUAUGUCCAGAAGUCAUCGUAUGAUAUCUUUGCUUCGAUCACACGCCAGCGUGUGUUCUUUUACCAGACCUCGUUGUCCCACUUCCAUGAUAAGCACUUUUUGAAGGCAGCACAGAAAAGAUACCAGCGAUUCCUGUUCUUGAAGCAUCAAAAUUCUACAGAAGUUUUGGUCCCAUGUUACGAUAUUGAUUUGAUGUGGCACACGCACAUGCUGCAUCCGGGAGUUUAUAAACACGACACGACUAAAGUUCUUGGUCAAAUGCUUGUCCAUGAUGAUUCAGUGAAUAAUAGAGCUCCAGGUUCAACCCUAGUGCGAGCUGACCAGAAAACUAGGGACUUAUGGAAGCAGCAUUUUGACGAUACUUUCACCACUUUUGGAGCCAUGUUCCGUGGUGAGCCACCAGUUCUGUGUGAGAGAAUGUCUCUCAUAGAUCCAGAAGAAACGUACACAUUCAGUACGAAAAAGGCGACAGUAAAUUUAGAUAGGGUUCAAGUCGAAGAUCUUCCAGAGGAGGUUAAUAAAUACAGUGUGAAGCUUGCAUUUGGCGCUAACGAGAGGGAAGGACCAAUGAUUAAGCAAUUUAAGGGAAACAAGAAAAAGGUUGAGUUUGAAAAUACAAAGAAGGGCUUGGCACACUUUGUGUUCGAUACUAAAGAGUAUGAUAGAAUCAACUUCAAUAUGUCCCAGCAGAUUGGUUUCGCUUGUGCUGGGCAUGAUGAAGAAUUAGGUCAACAAAUGUUUAACCUUAUGCCUGUAAUUGAAGGAAUACCAAUGGACAAGAAUGAUUCGUCAAAUCUUACAAACACUGUCACUAUCGAUGUUGAUACGGAACAUAGUCUCAAAGCAACGUUUUCGGCGACUAUUGAGCCACCCAAACAAGGUCCCACUAUGCUGUUUAUGAUGCCAGGAAAUUUUGAGACGAGGAUUUGCAUAAUGCCUGAGCAAAUUCUACAAAUGUGGGGCCCCAUUCCGUUACCACGGAAACCAACAGGAGGAGACAAUAGCUGCGUUGUGGCAACACACAAGUUUGUAAACCACACUGGACAAGUGACAUUCUCAUGCCGCCUUCUACACAGUGUUCCAUUGCUGAUGUCCGCCGUUCAGGUGUUCUUCCAAGGGCGGAUAACUGCUGUGGGUCACUUGGUUGGCUCUGACCAAAUUCCUCUCCCCUCACAGCUAUCUGACUCCAAGAAAAUAUUUUCGCUUAACCCAGAAGAGGGCCAGAGGGCACUGCUCAUCAAGAACCAGACUGGUGAUUGGGGCCUCAUAAGGGGCCAAUGGACUGGUUUCCGAAAACACCAGCCAGCUAUAGCAGCCACCAAGGGCAAGAAAGCAAAGAAAGAGGUUCCAUGGAGUCCUGGCACAUUGUCUGUCUCCUUCUACAAGUGUGCCACAGGGGCCUGGCAGCAUCUUACACUGUCUUACCAGCAGGAAAACUACAAAUUCAACCUACAGGACGCCCAAGUUGACUUGAGAACUGGCACUGUUGAGAUUAACAGUGAGAGUAAUGAAGUGGCAGAAAAUUUGGCACUGGCAUUUUCCGUAGCACUCUUGCACAGUCUUUGCCAACCGAGAUACCUGCCGCCCCCACCACCAGAACCCAUUUCAAUUACAGUGGAUUCACCACCAGCCUCACCUCCCCCACAACCAUCUAUGCCAAAGGAAGGAGAGAAGAAAGAGGAAGGAGGAGAAGGGGAAACAGAUAAGAAGAGUGGAGAGGCAGAAAGGGAGGGCGAUAAGGGGGAAGCUGCACCAGAAGGAGCCCAAGCCCCGGCUGCGCCCGAGGAGAAGCCCCAAGAGAAGCCCCAAGAGACACCUUUGAAGACACCAAAGAGUCCAGCCAAGGUGUCUGAGCCCCCAACUCCCAGCAAGAAGAUGAAGGAGAUUCCAGCCAUUCCAACAUAUGACCUUGCGCUCAUUCUAGCCUCAGGCUACAACUAUGACACACCGACCAAUGAGACAAUCAGGAAAGAAUACGGUGCCAAUGCCUGCGCUGGCUGUGUGGCUGUCGGGAUUGAUGUUGGUAUUGGCCAUAUUGGAACAGUUGCUGAUGUUGCGGCAGAAACAGAGGCUGUGGAAGCAGUAGAAGCAGCAGAAGCAGCAGAAGCAGCAGACAACAAUGCAGACCAUACUGACAAAGUGGAGGCUGGUCAGGGGGAUGCUGGAGGGGAGGAAAUGGAGGCACCAGCUGAGGCUCCAGUUGACAUGUCUGGGAUGGAGGCCAUGGAUGGGGGUGCAGCUGCCUGUGGUGCCUUCUAGAAUAUUCCUUAGGCUUAGAUGAUUAAAAAAUGUGAAUAAGUGAAUUUUAGCAUUAUGAAUAGGUGUUUUAUUAUUGGUUUAUUUUGUACUAUGUGUUGAUGAUAAAUGAAAUGUUUGCAAUUUUAUCACAACAUGCAUCAUGAACAGUGUUAAUCUUAUUGUGUUCAUUAUGUAUUCAUGAUUUCACCGCAUAUCGGUGAAUUAAUCCCUAAGGGAUCUUAUCACUUAAAGCGCUUUAUUAAAUUUCUUUAAAGUGAAGGAUUUCGUUUCCAUGAUUAAAAAAAGAUGAUGCAGUUCUGUUUUGGUGUGAUUUGAGCUUGGAACACAAUAACGCAAUGUCAUUUAACAUUAUCUUUUAAUUGUUAUUGGUCAGACUGGUUUUAGCAUGCAUUUGUGUGAGUGCAGGCUUGUUACAUGAAUAUAAUAAUAUGUGAGAAUGGACUUGUUAACUUAUUCGCCAUUUUAUGAAUGAUACCAUGUAUUUUCUGAUUACUGAAAUUCAUAUAUUGGACUAUGUGCUCUGUUCGUGUGGAACGCCUUACAAUGUUCAUUAGAUAUUUGGAUGCUUGACUCAAUGUAUGUUUCAUUUUAACAUGAUUUAAUUGCAUGAUUUAUUCUUUGUUAUUGUAUAGGUAUUAUCUAAAUAUUUAUAAAUUCUUGCACUUAAUUUAGAUAACUAGCAGCCGUUGCAGAACUGAAUUGUUUGAUUGUAUGUUUCUGAUACUUGUAUGGUGUUUAAAAUUAUCAUUAAGAAUGACUUUUAGUUAUUAUGAUUGAUUCUUGUUGUUUGAAAAGUAAGCAUUACUGUAUGAUCAUAUGUGUGUGCCUGUAUUGGAAAGUGAAGAUGUACCAUGAAGGAAUUACAUUAAAGUUUUGAGUGAAAGAGUAUGUGUUAAACUGAAGUUAUUAGUAUGUUAGUUGAAGCUGGUACGAUAAUGGGUCUAAGAUAUUUGUACUAUUGCGAAUCAUUGUUAUGUUGAAUAUGCUAACACACUUGUAUAUAUAUACUAUGUACUAGGUAUAUAGUUAUCAGUAUAAGGGGAUUUUUGUCAGUUACUAGGUUUUAAGGGUUCAAGAACUUGCGUGUUGGUUUUCGGACAAAUCAGUGUUGUAGUUUUGACAAACACAAAAAAGAAGGCUUUCUGACUGAAAUGUUACCAAUAAUAUGCUUAACUGUCGAGUUACUAACAUUAGAAGUAAGUUUUAUCAAUACCUUACAGUAUACAUGUAUUUAUGUUAUGGUUCUAUUCUCGAUAUUUGUAUAUUAUGACUUAUUAACCCAUGCAUGUAUUCAUAUACUAGUACUUGUGUAUUUUAAUGAUAUAUAGUAUUUAAGCAGUCGAUGAGUAUGAAACUAGUCAAAUAUUGUUGAAAAUAGUCUUAAUCAAUACAUAAUGAUUAUAUUUUAAUUGUAUUUACAUUUAAAUCAUUUCAAUUUUGUGCAUAAUAAUCAUUUUUAACUCCUUGUCAUCAUCAUAAACAUCUUUAGUGAUUGCCUCUAUGACUCUUUGCUUAACAGAGUAUAUCGCAAUCAAAUCUACUGGUCAUGUGCAGAUCAUACUUCGAAUUCAAUAUUCAUUUUCUAGUCUGUAUAAUUUUUCUUUGUAUGUGCCAGUAUUUUGUUCUGCUUUUUGAUCUCAGUUUUAUUUUUGAAAUUAUUUUAUGUUGCUUUAUUUUCUUUCUAAGUUUUAAAUGAUCUUAAGUUCGUGAGCUAUUUGUACUUUUUUUACUUUCUAUUUUUCUAGUCAACUUGUUCAUAGUAACAAAGAGCUCAACAAUCAAAUCACUUUUACAAUUCUGCUUUUGCAGAUGUAUAUGAAGCCAAAGAUCAUGUUGAUUUUUAUAAUCAUGAAUUGAUUGUUUUGAAUUUUUUCUAGUGUUUUUUUUUAAUAAUAAAGAGCCUACUUAUCAUAUAGGUGCAUCAUUUUACAUAACAGUGCAUAAUGUAGGUGCAUCAUUUUACAUAACAAUGCAUAAUGUAGGUGCAUCAUUUUACAUAACAAUGCAUAAUGUAGGUGCAUCGUUUUACAUAACAGUGCAUAAUGUAGGUGCAUCAUUUUUGCAUGAAAAGAAUGAAUCAGGUGCAUCAUUUUACAUAAAAUAGAUAACUAAAUAAAUUAGGUGCAUCAUUUUACAUGAAACCAAAAAAAUAGGUGCAUUAGUUGUGUAACUGUCAGAAUAGACUAUCAUUAAAACCUAGCUACUACUAGCUUCACGGACAUUUAAGCGUUUUAUGUUUUGCAACAGUCUUUAUUAUUUAAUGUAUUAUUCAGUACUUUUUCGCCUUAAAAAGCUGUGUAUAUUUUUCCUGUAUGUGUGACUUGCAAUAAAGAAGGAUAUCAUUGUGUAUUCUAAUCACCACAUUUGUAAUAAGAAUCAUUUUAUGUUUAUUUCGUAGAUAUUUCUGAUAUUUCACAUUUUUAAUUCAGUUUGUAUGAUCUGAAUAUUAUCUGAAUAUUGAAAGUGUGGACAUGAUUAUAAUGGACCAAAUGUGUAUUAAGGCAUUAAGCUUUGGACUUGUUUGGAUAUAUGUUGAAUUGCUUGUUUUUCAUUGAGUUGAAUAUAAAGUAUAGGAUGUGCAUAGUAGUGUCAGGUUAUAUUUUAUUACAUUUUUUCCAAUGAAGAUUAUCUAAAAUUAUUUUACAGGCAUUUUCAUGGAGUCCUUAUUCCAGUUCUUUGAUUCUAGUUCCUUUGGAUUCGUUUUAAGAAUUUUCAAGGAAGUGCUUUUUUGCACUUGCUUGCUGACUCAGAAAAUUAUAUAUAAAACAUACUUAAGAAAUAUCUAAACAAUAGUUGCAUAAUCAUUCAAUAUCUAAACAAUAGUUGCAUAAUCAUGCUUGUACCAUGGUGUCUUUGUUUCGUUUAUAAAUUAUCUCCCAUAGCGAAAUGGAAAUAGGUAGGCAGAGCUUUUCUGUUCAAUAACUACUGUGCAGAUAAAUUAUAAAGCUGUUAACUCAUACAGCACGCAAGUAAAUGAACAUUGUCUUUAACAACAUGCUACAAAAUGGUUAAAGCACCCACAACUCUCGUGAUUAUGUAUGAGUUCAAUAACUUGGGUAGCGGGCACAGAAACUAUUUCUUAAUGUAUUCACUUUGUGUCAUUUAAGAUCGUGUUUAAAGAACCUCAGUUUCAAUACAUUUUAAGUUAUUUUACCAACUGCACUGGCAUUAAACACUUUUUUAAUUUUAAUAAUAUUUGUGAAAUACACAAAUAUUCUAAAGGUACAUAAAAUACAUAUUUUCGAAAGUCCUAAAUUGAGCAUUUCAGUCAAAUGAAGCAUUUUGAUGGCACAGUAAAGAAUAAGUAUGCCUAAAUGUUUAAUGCUUGAACAAACAAAAGUUUGAUUUUCAUAUAUAUGUUUUUGAAUAUGAUAUGAUCAUUUAUCAUAAGAUGUAGAUAUAUUGUUGUUGCCAUACAUUUGCAAUCUCAGUGCAUUAUUGCUAUUAGUAUCCUUCAAGUCGCUAGCUUCAUGUUCAUUUAUUGCGGUAUUUCAUUAAAUAUUUACAUUUAAAGUAAUUUUGUUUCAUUAUUCAGCCAAAUUGUACUAGUGUUCAUAAGCAUACAAUAUCUACAUGAGUUUGAAAUUAAUAGAUAUCAAUAUCUGGAUCUAACUGGUCUGCUUGCAAGAAAAAAAAAAUGUGCCAAAAUUGAAAUCAAAAUUGAAAUAAUUUGUAGUCAUUUUUCAUCAGCUUAUAAUUGAGCUUAUAAAGAAAUAAACAAUAUUAUAAUUCUGCUAUUCUCGAUUUAAUUAAAUUUGUAUUGAAUUGUAUUUGUAUUGCUAAAUAUUUUUUAAUAGAAAAUAACAAUAAAGUGAAAAGCAACUUCAAACGGUAUGUCAAUUAUUGUACAAUUUGGUAUUUUUUAACUUGCUGUGUCUCGUCUUUUAUGAUAGGCUGCUUCAUUGUGUUUUCAUUAUAAUCUUACCUCUACUGUGAAACAGUACUUGUACGAUUUUGUAAGCCAACUCUCUGUGCAUACAUGAAUUUAAUUUUGUACAUGAUUAUAGAGCAUUUUUGUAGUUUUUUUGUACGUUAUGUAAUCAUUAGAGGAAUGCAACAGUUUCUAAUGUUUCAGCAAAGAAAACCAAAAAGUUGUAUUGUGAAGUAUGGUUACUAUAAUUGCCAAUUCUCAUCUGCUCUUGUCAAAACAUUUUUUAUUGCUUUCCAUCAAAAUUAAACGAGCAAUAUUAAAUUAUAAAUGUCAUCUUAACAAAUAGGAAAUCUCCAAAUAUAUGAAUAGAAAUUAAAUACAAAGGAUGAAGAUAUUGAAUUAUUUCAGUAUUACAUCAAGUGAAUGAUGAUUUGAGGUAAAUUCAAUCUGUAACUCCUAAUGCAUUGCAGGAUUUUUAUAUAACCUUAAAUGGUUUGUCCCCACCAUGAUGAAAAUUGGCUGAUAUUUCUUGAAGUUUUGUGUUUUAACGACAAGACAGAGUGGCAUACAAAUGAAGGUUUAGUAUUGUGUCAUCUUAUUAGACUCUGUUGCAUGUAGAUAUUCAUGGGGUGUUAUAUCAAUAAACUAUAUCCUAGUCUUA